AUGAACGCCGCCCUGAGGCCGGACGCCGGCGACUCGACGCCCGGCUCCGACGUCGGCGAGAACAUCACCCGCCUCUUCCCCAAGUGCCGUCCGAAGAACAUGCAGCACCAGCACGAUAGGUACAGACUAAGUACUGGUCUGGAAGGAAGAGACAUGAUUAGCGUAAACAACGCGUCCUCUGAUGAAGAGCAGGACCAAGUCAUCCUUAACACUAAAGGUGGCACUUACAAGCUACGGGACUCGAGGAUAAUAGAAAUCGCCGGUGGCAGAGAACUGUACUCACAAAGUAGGGCGAAGGCUGUGAGAAAGUUGCGACACAGCACCACUCACAAACACAACCUCAGGAACAAAGUGCGUUCACUCAACAAAGACACCGUAGACUACACCAAUGAUAAUAACAUCAAUAAUGAAAUAACCAUACACAGAAUUAAUAGUGAACCAAAAAAGAUGAUAUCGCGCCACACAUCACCCGUAACGUACACGAAUGGUGAUCGAGAAGCGACUAUAGAACAAAAUCCCAUGGGGAUACCAAAGAACAGUUCACCUAUACUAGACCCACAUAAAAUAAAUGACGUGAGCACAAAGAGCAGUCCCAUAGCAGUCGUAGCUGAUGGUGAAGUUAUGGUUUUUGAUGAAAACGAUGAUUGGAAAGGUUUGAGGAUGGACCCAGACGCUAGUGACCACGAAAUAGAUUUGAGUGUUAAAAGGACUUUAGACAAUAUGAAAAACGGUGAUUGUGACAUGUUGAACAAUAAAAGUGAGUUGAGUUGUGAUGAGAGUGAGUCUUCGAGGUCGGAGGACGUCAGGUUGAGUGAAGGGAGCCCGACUGCUGUCUGGCUGUCGGGGGACGAGGAUAAGAACAGGGUCACUAGGGUCAUAGGGGAACUACCGAUAGCUGAGUACGAAGGCUCCCCGAGAAGAUAUGGCAUCGGGUCACAGAAAGCUCCUGUUAGAUCACCGCGACCAGGUUUUCCUCAGCGAGUAGUACCAGAGAGUAGAGAUGCAACGCCACCGCCCGGCUCAGCGGCUUUCGAUUAUUUGUAUGAGUUCUCGGAAACAAGAAAGGUCCUGGAAGAAUUCUUUAGAUGUCCGACCUUACCUGGACAGCAGCAGAAUAUUAAUGACGAGAUAGUCAAUUUCCAGGAACUCGAUUACGAACUUCGAAGACAAACGCAAGAUUGUCCGUCAGAAAAUGGCAUCGACGGGAGCGAAUCAGAUUGGCCUCAGAACGAACCAAUAGAAUCUCCACACGCAUUGAAUAAUCAUACGGACUUCUUGGGACUACAGCAAAAGCGUGGUCGCUUCCCGUCUCCAGAAAUAUCAGCACUGCAGCCGGGUGACGGCGCUAGUGUUUGCGGCUCACCGCCCGGGUCUAGCUCACGUAGUGACCUUUCGGUGGCCGGCGCUGAAAGCGAAAUGCCCGUCAAAGCCUGUGUCAGAUAUCCCGCGAUGUUUCCCGCCAACGAAUCAGAGAUACAGUUAUCUAUGGCCAUCAUUGAAACCGAUUUAGCAGAGAUGCAAGUUCAAGAAGGACUUCGCACGCUGCCUAUAGUCGAGGACGGUCUGUCAUCAGGGCACACUUCUGACGCGGACAAUAAUAACGCCAUUUUACAGACUCAUUCUGUGACGAUCGAGGAACAAGUGGACAACGUCAACAACACUGACCUCGUCCUCACUGACGCUGAUCUACACUCCUUGGAUCCAUUGGCCUCAGCUCCGCCCCCACCUGCUCCAGCCCCGCACAGGCCGGCUGACGGCACACAUACAACACACACAACACAUACAACACAUUCAACACACACAACACAUUCAACACACACGCCCCAUCACCGCCACGGAUCUCACCACGAAGACGUGUACCCGAGGAAAAGGCCAUCGUCAGCUCAAAGUACUGAAUCAGUCGAAAUAAAACCAGCAAGCGGCGAUGAAGACGAAGCUGAUACAGAUUUGGAGACAGACAGACUGCUCGGCCAGCAAAGAACUGAUGACCAAGGAUUCUUUGAUGAUAAAGGCUGGCGUAAACCUAAGUCUCGUACUGUGAUGCCGUCCGGUGGGUCGAGGGACGCUCAUGAUGAUCACAGGGAAGACGAAGUGCAUAACGGAAAGGAUAAGGACGGGAAAAAGAAAAGCAAGAAUAAGGAAGAUUGGGCCGCAGUCUUGAUAGAGGGCGUGUUGUUCAGAGCCCGUUAUCUCGGCUCCACUCAACUGGCGUGUGAAGGUCAACCAACUAAAGCCACAAGGAUGCUGCAAGCCGAAGAAGCUGUGUCUCGGAUCAAGGCUCCAGAAGGUGAAAACCAGCCGAGUACCGAAGUAGAUCUUUUCAUAUCAACUGAAAAGAUUAUGGUCCUUAACACUGAACUGAAGGAAAUAAUGAUGGAUCAUGCUCUGAGAACGAUAUCUUAUAUAGCUGAUAUAGGAGACCUGGUUGUGUUGAUGGCAAGAAGACGGUUUGUACCCCACGAGAAUGAUUCCGAUCAACCAAAAUUGAACCGUACGCCUAAGAUGAUAUGUCAUGUUUUCGAAAGCGAAGAGGCCCAGUUCAUAGCUCAGUCUAUAGGCCAGGCUUUCCAAGUUGCGUAUAUGGAGUUCUUGAAGGCGAACGGUAUAGAGGACCAUAGCUUUGUUAAGGAAAUGGACUAUCAGGAAGUGCUUAACAGCCAGGAAAUAUUUGGUGACGAACUGCAAAUGUUUGCAAAGAAGGAAUUGCAGAAAGAGGUGGUUGUACCGAAGACGAAGGGUGAGAUACUCGGAGUGGUUGUGGUGGAAUCAGGCUGGGGUUCCAUGCUGCCUACUGUGGUCAUUGCGAAUCUCGCACCAGCCGGGGCCGCCGCGAGGUGUGGACAACUCAAUAUUGGUGAUCAAAUAAUCGCUAUAAACGGUGUAAGUCUCGUGGGUUUGCCUCUAUCUACAUGUCAGACUUACAUCAAAAAUUCAAAGAACCAGACUGUGGUGAAGCUUACAGUGGUGCCGUGUGCUCCUGUCGUCGAAGUGAAGAUAAAACGACCCGACACCAAGUACCAACUAGGAUUCAGCGUUCAGAACGGCGUGAUCUGCAGUCUGCUCCGCGGCGGUAUAGCCGAGCGCGGCGGUGUGCGUGUCGGUCAUCGCAUCAUAGAGAUCAACUCACAGAGCGUGGUGGCCGUCCCUCAUGAGAGGAUCGUCAACCUGCUGGCCACCUCCGUCGGAGAGAUCCUAAUGAAAACGAUGCCGACGUCAAUGUUCCGCCUGCUGACCGGCCAGGAGAACCCGGUGUUCAUUUAA